AAAACCAGCAGAUAACCUGCCCGAGAUCCCCACUGGAAAGGCUAUUGGAAGUUGUAGGUCAGAACACAGUGGGUCAGAAGGAGUUUGGGAUUGGAACAUGAUCCUUCCAGUUGCCUGCAGCUGUCCUGAUGUCCCUGUAAAUUCAUCCUGGAACUUCAUUUGAGGAAAGGAUCUACUGAAUCAAAAGCUUCCUUCUGCUCUUCCCCUUCCCAUAACUUCCCUCAAGAUGGCAUCCGAUAGCCCUGAGUCACUAAUGACCUUGUGCACAGAUUACUGCCUUCGCAACUUGGAGGGGACUCUCUGCUACCUACUGGACAAUGAAACUCUCCGGCUCCAUCCUGAUAUCUUCUUGCCAAGCGAGAUUUGUGACAAACUUGUCAAUGAGUAUGUGGAGUUGGUGAAGACGGACAGCAUCUUUGAACCCCAUGAAAGCUUCUUCACCCUGUUCUCAGAUCCCCGGAGCACCAGACUGGCUCGGAUCCACUUGCGGGAACAGAUUGUGCAGGACCAGGACCUGGAAGCCAUCAGGAAGCAGGAUCUUGUUGAGCUCUACUUGACUAACUGUGAGAAGCUGACAGCCAAGAGUCUGCAAACCUUGGUGAGCUUCAGCCACACACUUAUCUCCCUUAGCCUCUUUGGCUGCUGUAAUAUAUUCUAUGAGGAGGAGAACCCUGGAGGCUGCGAAGAUGACUGUUUGGUGAACCCCACUCGCCAGGUCUUGGUCAAGGACUUUACUUUUGAAGGCUUUAGCCGCUUGCGCUUCCUGAACCUGGGCCGCUUGAUCGAAGGGGUGAACGUGGAGACGUUGCUUCGGCCUUUGGCCUCCCUUGCAGCUCUUGAUCUCUCUGGCAUCCAGCUGAAUGAUGUGGGGUUUCUGACCCAGUGGAAGGACAGUCUGGUUUCCUUAGUGCUUUACAACAUGGACCUUUCAGAGGAGCACAUCCAAGUGAUCGCACAGCUUCGCAAGCUCAGGCACUUGGAUAUCUCCCGAGACCAUCUGUCCAGUUAUUACAAAUUCAAGCUGACCCGGCGGGUUCUAAACCUGUUUGUGGAAAACUUGGUAAACCUCACUUCGCUCGAUAUCUCAGGGCACACCAUGCUGGAGAACUGCACUAUCCCAAGCAUGGAGGAGAAGAUGGGCCAGACAAGCAUUGAGCCAGCAAAGAGCAGCAUUGCUCCCUUCCGGGGUCUGAAACGACCGCUCCAGUUCUUGGGCCUUUUUGAAACAUCCCUCUGCCGCCUGAUGCAUAUUCCAGCCUACAAGGUGAGUGGAGACAAGAACGAAGAGCAAGUCCUGAAUGCUAUUGAGGCUUACACUGAACACCGGCCAGAAAUCACUUCCCGGGCCAUCAACCUCCUUUUUGACAUUGCCCGUAUCGAACGCUGCAGCCAGCUGCUGCGAGCUCUUCAGCUGGUGAUCACAGCCCUCAAGUGCCACAAGGAUGACAAAAACAUCCAGGUGACAGGCAGCGCGGCGCUGUUCUACCUGACCAACUCCGAGUACCGCAUGGAGCAGAGUGUAAAGUUGCGGCGCCAGGUCAUCCAGGUGGUGCUGAAUGGCAUGGAGUCCUACCAGGAAGUCACAGUACAGCGAAACUGCUGCCUGACACUGUGUAACUUCAGCAUUCCUGAGGAGCUGGAGUUCCAGUACCGCCGAGUCAACGAGCUGCUGCUGAACAUCCUCAACCAGAGCCGUCAGGAUGAGUCUAUUCAGCGCAUUGCUGUGCACCUCUGCAACGCUCUGGUCUGCCAGGUGGACAACGAUCAUAAAGAAGCCGUGGGCAAGAUGGGGUUUGUCAUGACAAUGCUAAAGUUGAUUCAGAAGAAGCUGGCUGAUAAAACGUGUGAUCAGGUGAUGGAAUUCUCCUGGAGUGCCCUCUGGAACAUCACUGAUGAGACCCCUGAUAACUGUGAGAUGUUCCUUAACUACAGUGGCAUGAAACUGUUCUUGGAGUGCUUGAAAGAAUUCCCAGAGAAACAGGAGCUGCAUCGCAACAUGCUGGGCCUCCUGGGCAAUGUAGCAGAGGUGAAGGAGCUCCGCCCGCAGCUCAUGACCUCCCAGUUCAUCAGUGUGUUCAGCAACCUGCUGGAGAGCAAAGCAGAUGGGAUUGAGGUAUCCUAUAAUGCCUGUGGUGUGCUCUCCCAUAUCAUGUUUGAUGGUCCAGAGGCUUGGGGUAUAUGCGAGCCCCACCGAGAGGAAGUUGUAAAGAGGAUGUGGGCAGCCAUCCAGAGCUGGGAUAUCAACUCCAGGAGAAAUAUCAAUUACAGGUCAUUUGAACCAAUCCUUCGACUUCUUCCACAAGGGAUCUCCCCUGUCAGCCAGCACUGGGCUACCUGGGCACUGUAUAACCUGGUCUCUGUCUACCCUGACAAGUACUGCCCACUGCUGAUCAAAGAAGGUGGGAUUCCCCUUCUGAAGGACAUGAUUAAAAUGGCCUCAGCACGGCAAGAGACCAAGGAAAUGGCCCGGAAAGUUAUAGAGCACUGCAGUAACUUUAAGGAGGAGAACAUGGACACUUCCAGAUAGAGGCAAUCAUCUAAUGCCCCUGGCCAGCACUGUAUCCAGCUUCUCUCUAAUUCACUGUAUAUAGGGAGGACUCUUUCUUACCAACUCGCCUGUUGGAAGGAAACUUUAUGUGUGUGUGUGUGUGAGACCCUCAGUAGAUGAAG